AGAACUUUUUGUGUUAACUGAAAAAGAUGGCGACCGAAGUUCGCGUAAAGAAAAUGGAAAAAGAUAUAAAUAAUGGCGAAAUUAAUGACAGUGAUAGUGGUUCUGUCCAGGAGAUUCAAGAAAACAGCUCUGCGCUAGACAGUGGGCCAGAAGUAGUUAGUGUUAAGAAACACAAGAAGAAGCAUAAACACAAACAUAAACACAAGCAUACUUCUUCACGUAAGGAAAAGAAAAGUGGUCAUAAACAUAAACACAAACGUCAUCAUCCAGAAUGUCACGAGAAUGAUGUGGUUGUACGAAGGCAAAGUUCUAGUCCAGCAGUUGAGGAAAAUUUGCGUGUUAAUCAUAUGGACUUAGAAGAACUAGAAAGACAAAAAAGAUUAUUGGAAGCCAAACUUGCUAAAGUUGCUGAUGAAGAAGUAUAUGCAAAAAAAUCACUUGUUCCUGAUUUUUAUGGAAGUUCUGAUGAAGAAGAGGUUAAACAGGUAAAAGUUGAAGGAAAUAAAAAUCAACAAAAAAAUAUGCACGUGCCAGAACAACAUAUUCGUCAGAGAGAGAAAGAUUCUCGUCAGCAUCGUCUGAAGGAAAAAUCACCCGAAUCUAGAGAUAAACAUAGUUUAAAUCACAUGGUUAGUACAGAAGAAAAGAGGUUUAAAGAUUCUUCAUUAGGUAGGAUUGAGAAAAGACAUUCAGAGUCAUCUAAGAGCUAUCAAGACAAGCGUGAAAGACAUGUUUCUGACCAUAGCCACCGUGACAGGUCACCUAGACAUAGAAGUAGAUCACCAGUGAUUGUUAAAAGAGAAGCAGCACUCUCAUCAAGAAAUAGAUCUCCAAGAUUCUCCAAUUCUGACAGAAGACGAUCUCGGUCACCUAGAAGGCACAAGUCACCCCUUCGCCAACCUCCAAGGCGUAGCAGAAGUCCUGCAUUUCAGCAAACACGAAAUAGCAGAAGUCCUGCAUUUCAGCAAAGAAAACGUAGCAAGAGUCCAUCAUACCAACAAGCACGGCGUAGUAGAAGUCCAGUAUACCCACUAAAAAGACGUAGCAGAACUCCAGUAUACCAGAAAGGAAGACGUAGCAAAAGCCCAGUGUAUCAGUCGAGACGACGUAGCAGAAGUCCAGCCUAUGAGCCAUCAAGACACAGUAGAACACCCACAAAAUUGAGAGCUAAAACACCAGAAAGACACCACAGUCCAAAACAGCGAAAUUUUCAAAGAAGCCGAAGCCCAUAUAAUUCAAGAAAUAGAAGUCCUUUGCGCAACACUGGCAGAUUAUCAGCUCAGGAGUAUAGGAGCAAUAGAAGAGAAAGACCUAAAAAUAGCGGAGAAGAUCGACGUACAGAUAGCUCUCGUAACAGGGAAAAGAAACGUCAACGGGGUGAAACAGAAAAGGAGAAAGAAGACAAGAGGGGAACUCGUAAUGAAGUUGAAGAGUCCUCAUCUGAAGAAGAAAUUGAUGAUAUAGAUAUUGAAGAGGAGGAAGAAGAUGAGGAAGCUGUUAUUCAGCGUCGUCGUCAACAAAGACAAGAACUUUUAAAACGUCUUGGUGUAAAUCAAGCUGUUAGCAGUGAGGUUUCAUCACCUUUACAGUCCGUCCAGUCUGAAGCUAGUGGAGUUGAUAGUCCAGAUUCUACUGGUAUAGCUGAACAGAUUGUGGCUAAAUUUGAUGCAGAACAGUCAGUUGACUUUGAAGAAACUGUUAAAGCUAAGAGAGAAAUCAUGGGUCUAGAUGAGAAUUCUGUGGAUUCGGGAGAAGCAAAGAAGACAUCAAUGGAUAUGUUUACAGAUUCAGAUAUGUUUGCUGAAAACUAUAAUAGCCCAAGUGCUGUCCAGCAAUUUGCUGCUAGGGGUCAUGAUAACCCAAAUCUGACAGACAACUGGGAUGAUGCUGAGGGUUAUUACAGAGUCCGAAUUGGAGAAGUUCUGGACAACAGGUAUACUGUAUAUGGGUACACUGGACAAGGUGUUUUUAGCAAUGUUGUGAGAGCUCGAGAUAUGGCGCGUGGCAAUCAAGAAGUAGCAGUCAAAAUAAUACGCAACAAUGAUGUGAUGCACAAAACAGGGUUGAAAGAAUUGGAUGUAUUAAGAAGGUUAAAUGAUGCUGAUCCAGAUGAUAAAUUUCAUUGCCUACGCCUUUUUCGUAAUUUUUUCCACAAACAACACUUGUGUUUAGUUUUUGAAUCCUUAAGUAUGAAUCUUCGGGAAGUUUUAAAAAAGUAUGGUAAAGAUGUUGGUCUGCACAUUAAAGCAGUGCGUUCCUACAGCCAGCAACUCCUUCUGGCCCUAAAGUUAUUGAAAAAGUGCAAUAUUUUACAUGCUGAUAUCAAGCCUGACAACAUUUUGGUAAAUGAAAGUAAACUAGUUCUGAAACUUUGUGACUUUGGAUCAGCAUCUCAUGUGGCAGAAAAUGAUAUCACUCCAUACCUGGUCAGUCGUUUUUACAGAGCCCCAGAAAUUGUUCUUGGACUUGGCUAUGGUUUUGGGAUUGACAUGUGGAGCGUGGGGUCUACACUUUUUGAAUUGUACACUGGAAAGAUUAUGUUUCCAGGAAAAUCAAAUAACCAAAUGUUGAAGCUGUUUAUGGACUUAAAGGGCAAAUUUCCAAACAAGUUGAUCCGCAAAGCUAUGUUCAAGGAACAACACUUUGACCCAAACUGUAAUUUCUUGUACCAAGAGGUAGAUAAAGUGACAGAAAGGGAAAAAGUAGUAGUGAUGACAAACAUUAACUCAACCCGGGAUUUACAAACAGAAUUAGUUGGAGCUCAACAGCUUCCCACAGAUCAGUUCAGGAAGGUUACACAAUUAAAAGAUUUGCUGGAGAAGAUCCUCAUGUUGGAUCCAGGAAAACGACUCUCUAUCAACCAGGCACUCACCCAUCCAUUCAUUCAGGAAAGAAUAUAAGUUGGGUAGAGAUGUCUGGGAACAACACAGAGACUGUGGCAGUAAACUGUGAAAAGGAAACUGUUGUGGACACUUGUGAAAAGUGAGAUUGUAACAUCACAACUGUUGUGAAUUACCUGAAACUGAAACUCACAGCCCUGUUCAUUUGUGUCAUGUAACAUUUUUAUUUGUUGUGUGUAAUUAUCAGGGUUAGGUCUGCGAAUUUGUGAACUAUUUGAAAAUUUUAGGAAUCAUCACAGUUUGAACCAUAAUUUUUUAAUUGAUAACAUGGUACAAAACACAAACCAUAGAGAAAAUCAGGACACAUUUUUGUGUGAUACAUGUACUGUGUUAAUUGGAUUUGUUUUUAUACAUAUUUUCUGUGCUGUUCAGGUUUUCCAGCAGUAUUCCAUGAAAACAUUCACAGUUAACUUUUGUCCAGUAAUGAUUUUUUUUUUAGUUUCAGAAUAUUGUAUUCCAGUUGUAAUUGUAAAAGAGAGUGAACACUGAUUUGUUUUGAAGCUUGUUUUCAAUGUUUUACUUCUUUUGUGGUAUGGUAGCCUGGCUGUUGAAUUUAGUUCACAAACAAUGUUAAUACUUUUGUAGUUUUCAGUGAAAUCACUUAAUCUAUUUAAGAAAAGAUUAGAUAAUACUCUUAUUGGUAAUAACUCUGAAACAUUUUCUUUUCUACAAAGUUUGAAACUGCUAUUCCACUUCGAUAAAUUUGUGUAACAUCUUUCAAAAUGGUUUGAUGUUUAAAAUACUAAAAUCUGUAUGAAACUUCAUGUUUUGUAAUGGGAAGGUGAAUUUGUGAUAAUAGAUAUUUUAAUGGAAGAAUGGUGAUAACAAUAAUAAUAGCACUUACAUUUUUACACUGACUGUAAUUAAUCACUAAUUUAAGUGAAACAUGUUAGCAUUUUAAAGUUUGGAUUUUCACUAGUCAGGACUCCGUAAAAAAAAAAGUGUAUAAAAUGUGUUAUUUGCUGUGCAAGUUGACCUAAUCUAACUCUGUGACUAAUGCAUCUCUCAUGUUCAGAGGUAAUACACCAUUUUAUUCAGAAGCAUAGUCUCUAAUAAAGAGUUAUUCCACAAAAUUAUCUGCAAAAAUAUAUAUAAGAAAGUUUUGUAAUUUUUCCAAUUAUUAAACAACUGGAAUUGAUGAUAAAAUGUAAAAGGUUAUAUUGUGUUUAUCGAAACUGGUUGUAACAACAAUGUAUGUAAGAUAAGCUUGGUUUCACAUAGAAUGCUGCUGUGUAUAUUAUCAUCAGAUAGUUCUUUUUUCUCACAAAUUUUUCUUUCAUUCUGUAUGCCUUUAUUGUUCAUGUAGGUUUUUGGUCCCACCUUCGAGGUGCUGACUUCAAUAAACACCAGGUGAAAGUGAUCAGUCGCUAGUGGCAGACCUGUUAGACGUUUUUACAUCAUCAGGACCAACCAUCCAGUAUGGUCAGACUGCAGACAGUCUCACCUUUUUCAGGAUGUCCAAAGAAGAAGCAAGAUUAUUUUGGGUCAUUGAUGAUAGAAGACAAGAUGGAUUCUAAUUUACAAACAAAAAAGAAAGAGAAAAGAAAAAAGAAUAUAUGGUUAUAUACAGUGUUAUUUAUAUGAUUCUAGUCUUUUCAUUGUAUUGGAUAAUUAAAUUUCAUGACUAGCUAUUGUCUGAGUGACAAAACAUAAGGUUUUUAAUUUAAAGCUUUAUCAAUCUGAAUUAAAGUUAAUAAAUAUAACAGAACUUAGAGAUUUUGGAAGUGACAGACAGGUAAUUAUCUUGUAUCUUGGUUAUAUGCUGUCCCUGCUUAGUCACUAUAGAAUGUUUCCAAAAUUAGAGCUUUUCUGUUUGGUGUUUCAUGUUCAGUCUCUUUUCUUUUUUUUUUUAUGAUAUCAAAACUUUGGAAAUGGGGAAGCUCUAUAGUUUAGUAAUUAGUUAGACUUAGACAUCCUACAGCUCAUUCUCAACUAAACUAAAAAUUAUUUUAUUACAGGUUGUAGCUUUUACAGUAAGGAAGGUUUGUUUUUAGAACAGGUACGAUAUUUCAAUGCUGUGGUCAUUCUCAAAUAUAUUUGUUCUAAAAACAAAUUUUCCUAACUGAAAAGCUGAAACUUAUAAUAUUAUAAUACUUAAUCAGUAAGUAAACUCAAAACGAAACUGUUCAACUCCAAAUGCUUUGAUGAAAGUAGACAUUCUGGUUUGUAAUUCAAAAAACCUUUUGGCCAUCUGUUAUUCAUUUAGUGACAUUCAGUCAAUUUCUGCUUGUAGUUAGUAUUGUCAUCUUCAUUAAUAUAUGCAGUAAGUGUUUGUGACUGAGUUAGGAAUAAUGCAUUGUUUUUUUUUAAUUGUGUAUUUUCUCUUGUGAAUAUUAAUUAAUAAUCUGUAUGUUUUCAAAAAAAGUGCUGUUAAAAAUUGUGUUUUUUGCAGCACUUGCAUAUCACUCUAUGAUGUUCAUAUUUUUAACAUGUUUAAGUUGUCUAAAACUAGCUUAAUGUGUAUAUUUUGUUUGCUCAUAAUGGUCAUUGGCUUUAAAAUGGUGUUAGAUGACCAAUGUUCACUUCUGAUUACAGUGACAAAGUUAGUGGCAGGAAUUUGAAAAAUUAUGAGUUUUUGUAUCUUUUAAGUAUAUAUCAUGAAAUUAUAUUAAAAACAGGGAAACAUGAAACAUUAUGUUCUAUUGGUUUACUGAAAGAAUGGUAGAUAUGCAAUUCCCUGUUGAUGAUAAACAAUAACAUUACAACUGUUCUUGAAACUUUUAUGGUCAGCUGUUGCAUAAAGUAGUUUAUUUUACCAGAUGAAACGUGGUUUUUAUCAAACUAUUCUUAAUAUAAAAAGCUACUUUCUCUACUUGUGUUAUAGUUUUAAACUCUUUUAGGCACAUAAGCAUUUUUAUCCGUGCACAUACUAUAAAAGAUAAAUAUGAAUAACUUGCUUCACAUCCUCUGGUGAGUCAGCAAUAAUUCUCUGGGCUUACAAUGCUAAAUUCUGGGGUUUGAUACCUCGUGGUGGACAGAGCAGAUAACCAAAACUUUUGGCCUGGCAAUUAGAGUGCUUGAUUUGUAAUCACUAGGUCACUAGUUUGAACCCUGUCAUUGAACAUGAUUAUCCUUUCAGCUCUGAGGGCAUUAUAAUGUGACAGUUAUUUCCAUUUUUCUUGGGUAAAAUAGUAAGCCAAGAGCUGGCAAUAGGUAAUGCAGACAGUUCUUGAGUAGCUUUACACAAAACUGGACAAAGUUUCGAAGGUAGAACCUCCAUUUUUCAGUAAUGAGUUUGAUGUGUAAAAUGUGAAAAUUAGUUGAGCUAUUUUAUGUGGCAUCUAUAGCAGCCAACCAUGACAUCAUAGAAGCAUUUAUAUAGGUUUUGAAAAUGAAUGUUGGAGGUGUGGUUGUGAUUUCUGGUGUGUUGGAAAUCAUCAGAAAAGAAUUAGGGCAAAACAAGUCAUUAGUCAAAGCCAAGGAAACAAUUAGGGAAAAUAUUGAAAAAUAAAUUAAGGUGAAUUUCAAAAGUAAUCUGAUGACACAUUGAUAACAAAAUAUAAAUAAAUAUAAGAAAUAAAUAACUUAUUUAAAUAAUAAAAAAUUCUCUGGGGUAUAGAAAGUUGGAAAUUUACACAAUUGAUAACUAAUUUCUUACUGACAGAAUGGAUUAAAGGUGGAAGGUCACUGAUCCUAGCAUCAGGAUUCUAUAAAUAUGAAUAUUAUUCAGAUUAGCAGUUUACUUUAUCUGCUUUAGAGUUAAAGGCAAAUAAAAAUGGUCAGAAAGUUUGAAUUAUUGGACAAUGGGAAGCCCUUGCUUUUGUUAAUAGAAGACUUAUGUUUCUUGAAACAUUCUCUUUGUCAUUUGAAUUUGUCCACCAUGUGAAUGGUUAUAUUUUUACCUAAAUUGUGUUGUGAAAGUAGUCUCUGGUGAUUUUAUUAGCUUUUAAUUGUGUUUGUUGGAGAAAGUGUCUGAACCUCAAGUUGCAAUAUAUACUAUAUUGCAAGGAUUGCAACAAUGUGGGAUUAAGGGGAAAAUUCAUAAUUUUAAUUUUUUUAAGGAAAAAAACAACUGUAGUUUCAAGAAAACUAAGUUAAAAUGGUCUGUAAGUUUAAACAAAUAUAAUUUGUUUUCAGAUUAUGAGAUAUUUUUAUAUUUAGGAUGACAUUUAGUUACAAAAGGAAGUCUUUUCAUUCUUUAAUGGUGGAUUUUUUAAGCAUUUUUGUUAUUCACAUUAUUUUGUGUCAAUCUAUCAGUUUCAGUGUCUGUAGCCACUUUGUAGCAAAGUUUAUUUGAUUUCUUGUGUGUAUGUGAUCUUUAAUGACUUCAUCAAUGCAAAGUUUUGGAAUAAAUCCUUAACUGCAGUUGAUAUGUCAUUUAGUUUGAAUUGUGAAAACAAUGUUGCCACUGUUACAGAUAGUGAUGAUAGAUUGAGAGAGUUUUCUAGUGUUUUAGUGGGUAUUCUUGUUCUGUUUUUUUCAGAUCACUCCUUUAGAAGCUUUAUAAUAUCCAUUAUUUAAAAGUACACUCGUAAUCACAUUGAUCACACAGUCAAGUGUUCUAUAUGUUAUCAUACAAGUGCUUGUGAUCCUAUUUUCAUUUUAAGUAUGUUUUGCUUUUGAGCAGAAAUGACAUUGGUAAUGCAUGCAUAGUUACAAAAAGUCAGUUUCAUAAAGCAUUUUUGAGUCAGUGUUCCAAGACUUUCAGCAGUCUACAUUUUUGUUUAAACUAUAUUUCUUCUGAAAUUUGGUCUUGUCAGAAGAAAUAUUACAACUGGAGUCACUUAGAGUUAACUGUUUGAAAGUUCAAGAUAACAGGUGUUUGCUAUCAGAUUUUAUACUUGCUGCUGUGUAUUUCAAACCCUGCACUGUGUUUUACUUUAGGAACUAGGACUAUAAAGUUACUUUGGCAACACCAUCUGCUUGAUAAGGCAUAAGAAUCCCUGUUACUACUUCAUUGGAUGCUGGAUUUUGCUGUAGGAAUUUGUGUUGUAAUGUUAGCUUCGAGUGCUUUUGAAAUUAAAGCACUAGUUUGUGAAACAGACUACAGCAUCUGUUUGAUGUGUAAUGAAAAGGAGAAGUAGAGUAUCUGCUUAAUUGCAAAUUUACAAAGUUAUUAAAACUACAUCAUCAGUUUAAUAGAAUACUGUGCUCACAUCUUGAAGCUAAGCUUUAAGGUAAUUUCUGGAAAAAUACAACAGGUUUGUAUGGCAAGUUUAGUAUUAUCAAGUGUAAGAGUACUGUUCUUUAGAAUUUGUUAUUGUUAAGUGAAUAAUACUUGCACAUGUAUACUUAGCUAUUGUGGAUCUGUUGAAACUAGUUCUAUGUAAGUUCUGUAUUCAUUUAUUAAGCACAUAAAGAGUAAAAUGGGAUGGAUGGCAACUGCCUCUUGUAAAAAACACAAGUGUAGAGGACAUUGUUUCUAAAGUCUUUCUGAAGAUGGCAGCUUUUUGAAACGUGAAUACUCUGCCUAAACAGUCUAUCCAAGAAAAGCACAUAAAUCUUGAGUUUGAAAUCUUAAGAAUAAACUAAUUAAAAGGUUGUAUAGUAAAAUUUGAAUGGUGAUGAUGUUUGAUGUUGGAAUUCAAUUUAUUGUCAUUAAUAAUUUGAUAGAUUUAAUUUUUUACCUUGCUAUUGCAUCUGAGUAUAGUCUAGUUGUUAUUGCGGUAAAAAAAAAAGAAUUGAACUUCAAACUUUGAGUCUAUAGAUGUAUUAUAAGAGUGACAAUCAGAUCCCUCUAUUUAAUUACAGUAGCCCUAGAGCUGGUGGUAGAUGAUAGUACAAAAUUAGAGACAGCUAGCACAGAUACAUGUUUUGUUGCUUUGUGUUUAUAUCCAAAACAAACAUUAAUAGUAAUUUUAAGUGUAAUGUAACAGAUUCUAGUUUUGAACUUUUUAAUUUGUCUAUCAAAAAUGUUAAUACAUUUGGAUCAUGAAGAUUAUACAAGUUGUGAUUUAGAAUUUGGAGACUUGGCAUAUCAUUUGUACUCAAUGGCUUUGGAAAAUAAAGGAACAUGGAUCUACUUGAUACACUAGAACCAUCCAGAAAGAGACCUGCAACAUGUCAUACCACAGCCUUGGUAAUCGAAGUGCAGUGCUUCAUAACAGGUGAGAAUCUAUGAAUACAAAGGUCUAGUGGCAAAAGCUGUUCACAUAUCCUAGGCAACAGUAUGCCACAGAAUCAAGAAGUGUCUUCAACUGAAAAAUUGACACAAGUUGCAUAUACACAACAUAACUUCAACCAUCACAUACCAUAAGCAAGCAGAAAAUAAAAAGAGUAUUCAUGCUAUUUCAUACAAACACACCAGUUAAGUUGCCAGAUGCAAUGCUUAAUGAUUUCUGUGAGAUUGGACUGUUGUUAUUGUACAUUAGAUAUAUUAUGGGAAGCAAGUAGGGAAGAUGGGUUUGCUUUAAACAUGACAGCCUUAUAAUGAAACUUUUUGCAAUGGAAACUAAACUGUAGGGCUGUUGUCAAGUUGCAUGGUCAUCAGAUAGAUUGUGACUGGAUAUGUUGACAUGGGCUGUAAUAAGGUGGGGAAUUUCCAAAAUUGUUUUAAUAAAACAGUCAACUUCACAUAAAAUGAUUCUGGAAACAUGUUUGGCUGAUUCCAUUGGUUUUCUUAGUUCCUUAUGGAAUUUCCCUCAUUUUUUAAUUCUCUUCUUGUAGCAGAUUUGGCAAAUAUUAAGCUAUCUUGGCAACAUUUUUCUGUUUUGAUUCAAGAUUGUGGUGAAGUUUUCAAGUCGAGAAUGAUAGAGAUUUCUCUUUAUUUUUUUCACCAAUCUUUAAUGGACUGUGAAUUUACUUAAAUCCUCAUUUACACCCUGUUCAGUUUUUGAUGCAUCUGGAGAUCUUAAUUCAAUUCCUUUCAGAAAUGUUUACUGCUUUUACUUGUGAAGUAAGUGAGUUGGGAACCCAGAAUUUGACUUGAAUUUGCCAUGAUAUAGAAUCACAAAUUAAUUUCCACUGGCCUCAUGAUAUGGAUUCUACAUCUCUUGGAUGAUGACUUUGCCAAAGACUGAUCAGGUUUAUAUGUAUAUGCUUUUCUCUGAUUAGGAUUCUGUCAUGUAUAUUGUGACAAAUAUUUUUCAUGGCAUUCUGAAUUAUUCUGGUGUUUUUUUUUGGCAGCUUACUCUUCUUUAGGAUAUAAAGUUGUACCCUUUAUUUUCACUGCCCUAUUGGAAACAUCUCUUGUGCAUUUUCACAAUUGUAAACCACCAAAGUUGGGCUCAUCAGAUAGCUUUGCUCUCCACACAAGAUUCACUUGGCUAACAUUUGGUUUGUAUUUCUGCAACAUUUUGAAUGUCCUUGAAUAUAGAAUUUCUUUUCACUAUUGGACGUUCAGUAUUUAGAAAUCAAAAGCUCAAGAUAACUGUUGGUAAUUAUUCACUUUCUGUGAAGAUUAUAUGGAAUGUCUACUUUCCACCUUUUGGUGGUUUUAAUGGUAAGUAUUCAUGGUGCCAUUUCACUUCAGGUCUGUAGACUGCCAAACCUCUGUAGUUACCAUAAGCAUCACCAUUGUAGCAGCUUAACUCAGUGUAAAGACUCGUUUAUCCUAGCACCUGAAUCUUGAUUCUGCUUUGUGUUUCUUGGUCAAAUUGUGGCAUCACUACGGUUCUACCACCACCUCUCCAUGCAUUACAGCUGCUUCUCUAUCCUCCAUUCUCUUCUCCUCUGAUUGUGGAUAUUGUAGGUCAGAUUAUUUCAAAGGUAUUGUGUCAUAUUUGAAAUUAAUAUUUUAGAAUUAAAAAAUGAAGUUCAGAGAGAUACCUACCUCAACUAUAAUUGAUCUCUCCCACUUCCCAUAACUGUGGGUCAAGUAACAAAUAAAAAGUGGUAUAUUUAUAUUGUAAUUUCUUCAAUGAACUUGACUCUUUACAGUAACCAUGUGUAUCAAGUAACAAACAGAAAGUGGUAUAUUUAAACUACAAUAUCUUGAUUUAUAAAUGAAUCCGAUUCUAUAAAAAUAGUUUAAUGUCUGUAGAAACAAAAGUAAGAGGUAUAUUUAUACAGUAAGGCUUUGAUUACAUAAAUGAAGUAAAUUUUAUAAAAUAGUAGUAUGUUGUGUAUAAGAAACAGUAACUUUUAUGAAUAAAUUUGUAUAUUAUUGUAAUAUCUUCUCUAAAAUACCAUAGGUCUUUCAUUAUAGUCAAAUGCCAUAUUUGCGUUGUGUUAUUUAGGUGGGGAACAUUUGUUAAAUUGUCCUAUAAACUGUUCUAGGUAAAUGAAGAUCCACUUAUUAAUUGUUAUGUUACAAAAAUUAAUGAAGCAUUCUAUGAAAGUUUUAUGGACAACUAACUGAAAACUUGACCUUGUGUAUGUAUAAGAGAAACUGUGGUAAGUUGUUUCAGCUCUCCAUGUAGCUGUAGUAGGAUAAAAAUAGUGUAGUGGAAUCUUUGUUAUCAUUAAAUUAAAUUUUUUUAUACUCAGAAGCAAGAUAACUGGGUUUAGUAAUUAACAGCAAGAUAGAUGUUUGGGACAUAAAAAAAUCGGAAUGUUUUGGGAAAAUAAUACAGUCCUACACUUUAUUAUUGUAUGAAAAAAGUGUUAAUCAAAAGGUACUUGUAGUGGGGCAAUAAUUAUAUAUAUAUUAAAGGUGUUGCAGAAACAGCAGUAUAGCCUUAUCUGCUAGAGUAAUACUGUAUUUAUUUUGAUUGUCAUUGUUUCUUUGUAGACAAAAUUAAUUUGAGUGUAAAAUUGUAUAAAAACUGCACAUAAGUUUUAUCGAAAUUUGCUUAAAUAUCUCAUGCUACAAUAGUAAUAUAAAACUGUGUAGAAACAAAAGUAUAUAUCUUUAAAUUGUUAUCAAUAGAACAGAAUCAUGUUAAUGAAAAAAAUUUGCCAACGUGAACUACCUUUAAUGAAAAUGUUUGUGUUAACAUAAAACAUUUUGUUUUGAGUUAUUAUUCUGAUUCUAUCUGUACAUUAUGAACCAGGGUUGUAUUGUGUUAACCAUGGAAUGUUCACACAUUAAGCACUUGUUAUUUUAAAUUUCUAUGUUACAAAACUGUAAUUUUAACUGUAAACUAUGCUUAAUUGAUCAUCAUGAUUUCAACUAUAAAAUGUACAUUUUACAGUGGUAUUUUGAAGUGUUAAGACUUGUUUGUUUGUCCAGGGUUGAGUUCAUGUUCUAAAUCUGUUUUUACUUUGAGUUACUCAUAACGGCAGGAUUUUCAUAAUGAGCUACUUGUACAAAUAUUGGAACAGUACAUUUUAAAGUAAGAACAGUGCUCAGUGAUUUUAACUGAGAUUAACAUAACAGAACUACAAUAUCCAUAAAAUAUAAACAUAUCGAGUGGUACUAUCCAUGAAAACGUGAAUUAGUGGCACUGGAUUGUAUUAAGUUGAUUACUUUCUUAGCCUUAAAAAUAGAUUAUAAUGAAACUGUAUCUAAGGAAACAAGAAUUUGUCAAUUGUAAUCUGUGUAUGUAUGGUACAUUUAACUUUAAAAAUAUGCUACUAUUUAACUCCAAAUCUAUAGAAUGGGCCAGAAUUGUAUUAAAUACCAAUUUUGACAUUACUUGAAUAGCGGUUUUAACUGGCAAUUUUCUAAUGUCUCUUUUUUUUUAAUUUUUAAAAUUCUCAUACAGGGGACUUUUUUUGUAUGUGAAAUUUUAAGUUUAUGUGGUGUGCAUUGUCUCAAAGACAUAAACUGUCUCCCAAUGAAUCAGGACACAAGACUGGCAUGGUAAAUCAAUUAUCGUGAAAAAUGUAAAAAGGUACUAGAAGAAAAGUACAAACAGACAAAGCAAAGAAAGAAUAAUAUUUUUCUGGAAGUAUAUGCAACUAUGGUUGGUGUAAGAAAUAACGUACUAAAAUUACCAGGUGGCUAGUCAAAUAUUAGUAUCCCUUUAAUAUUUUACCAUGUGAGAGUAUAAUCUAAAAUACUGGAUUGAAAUUGGUAACUUCACGAGAGAAAGAAAAUCUAUAUGAUCUCAAGAAACGUAAAUACACAAGGGUAGUUUUUAGAUGGCAUUUUAUUGUGUUGUUUCCUGGAAUAAAUUGUUUUCCUUGA